ACAAGCAUGAGAGGCGGCAAACAUGGGCUCACUUCUGCUUUGUUUUGUGGUUUAGCCGUCUGUUUUAUGCGUCGCUACAAUUGGGUUGUUGCAGGCUUAGCGUUAGGUGGGAGAGAGCUCCCAAGAUCGGAGUGGAUUGUGGUGGAUCUGGAGUUUGGGGACGGGUGGAGUCGGCGCAAGCGCAAUGGAGCAGUUGCCGACUGCGCUGUUGCAAUCGAUCAUCGCCAAGGUUUCAGCGUCCGAUUGCGCUAGGGCUGCUUGUGUGGCGCGUUUCUGGAACCAGACCGUGAGCCAGGACGCUCUCUGGGAGCCGCACUGUCGCAGAGACUUCCCCACCAUCCAGAAGUUGGACCCCCUCGAUCGCCCCUGCUCCACAUGGAAGGAAACGUACCAAUCAUGGAAAACAUCGCGCUUGUUUCAACGCAGCAAGCUCUGCUGGGAUUCAAUACGGUCUUGGGCGAGAGACAAUUUUAAAGAAGUUUCUAAUUCACUAGCCCCCGGUGCCACAUUGGAGGAACUUGCUGAAACAGAAGCAACUUUAAAAUGCCGCUUCCCUCCUGCCGCUCGCUUGUUGUAUCGCCUUUGUAAUGGCCAAAGAAUACCUGAGAAUGUGUUAGACGAUGAUCAAGUUGAAGAUCAUUACGUUGGUCUUAUUGGAGGCUACAACUUCUCACACCACUUCGUUAAUGUUCAUCUCUUAUCUUUACGACAGAUGCUGAACUUGACUAGUCGCAUUUUGCCUUCGCCGUGUCGGAAUCGCCGCGUUAUUAUAGCUGCGUCAAGUAACUUGAACAAGUUCAUCUUCUUAGACUGCGAGGACGGUAAUGUAUACGUCGGCACUAGAAAUUUGCUUUUAGAUGGAGAGAUGAUGGCGUGUGUGCCGGAGCAAGAUGGCGCGUCAGACGAGGAGUCACAGGAUGGGAUGCUUCGAUGGCUGGAGCAUUACGCUCAUUGUUUGCAGGUGGGUAUGUUCUCUGUUCGUACAGAGGAAGGCAGUCGGAGUAUUAGUCUCUAUCCUGAGACGGAGCCUUAUUGCAACACUGCUGUUACUCGUGGCGUUCAGGUUCGCUGCUCAGGAGUUUUUGUGCCUGAGCUGUCCCGUGUGGAGGAACUGGAGGAUAGUUACUGGUUUUCCUACUCAGUGCGCAUGUGUUUGUUGAAUCCUUCAUCUAACGAUUCUAAUGCACUUACCAGCUGCCAACUUUCAGAGAGACACUGGGUCAUUCGUGCCAAUGACAGCGUUGUAGCACAAGUGCACGGAAGGGCGGUCAUUGGAUUGUAUCCCUUGCUGAGGAUAGGAGAGGAGGAGUUUGUAUAUGAAAGCUGCACUGGACUUAGCGCUAAGAAAGGCUCGCUUGAUGGAGAUUUCACAUUUGUUCCUGGAAGGAUCUCAGUACCGACAGGAGAUCCUUUUAAAGCAGUUGUUGCUAAGUUUCCUCUGGAGGUGCCCCAAUACAUAUAUUAAUAAUCAGGAGGCGAGCUCCAAGAUGUGGAUGUUGUAAAUUUAUGAGUAUGCAAGAAGGCUCUCGUUGUUUUUUUGUCUUGACACCGUGCUGCAUUUUUGGACCCUCCUUCAAAGGUCUUAUGAUUUGCUCUUUGGCGGAGGAAAUCACAUUUUAGUUCAGAGCAUGUAUGCGCCUAGAGGAAGAAGAUUGUGAAGAAAAUCUCUACUAUAAUUGGUACACGUUCAUAUAGUUUUAGCGUGAGAUCAACUAGACUACUUGAGUCUUGAAGCUAAAAAUCGUUGCUUAGAACCGUUACUAAGUUUGUACAGACACGCAAGGGAUGACAGUUCAAAGACAAAAAUAAAUUUGUAGGUACCAUAGGUUGUAUGAAGUACAAUCAUGGAGAAAGAGUUGGAGCAACUUGGGAAGGACCAGGUAGAAAUUGGCAAAGUUGGAGGUGGAGGUGGAGGAGAAAUUACUCUUGCAGGUGCUUGACAAACAUGGCUCAGGCCCUUGUAUGGAAAUUUUACGUCAAUGUGAAGCCAUAGGUCAGAGCUCCUUUCUCACAGCACUUUUUAGGAUUCAAGGCAAAUGUCAAAUGCAUUCUAGGAUUUGUGGAAAACGUUGAAAAUGCAUAAUUAUCCAACGCUAAUUCAAUGGAUAUGAAUGAAGAAUAGCUGAUGUGGAGAAAAGUCAAACAAAUGGUUGGUGCCUUCUGAAGACACCUAGAUUCUCCUUUUUGCUGAUAUUGACACAGUUGUGAUGUCAAUUUUUGUGUAUGUUUAGGGGAUAGGAAUGAAAUAGUGUGAAUUGAUACCAAUCAUGGAAUUUUAUGUGUAUAUAUAUACAUAAUCUGUCAAUUAUAUUACCAUCCUUUUGUUUUAUUUUAAUGUA